AGCGCGGCCCCGCAGCCCCGUGUGCCACCAUGCCAGCGCAGCAGAAGAAGCUGCUCUUCUGCACAGCCGGGGUGCUGAGCUUGGCCUGCGCGCUGGGCACGGCGGCGGCCGUGGGCACGCAGCUCUGGGUGAGGGGCACGAUCCUCUGCAGCACCGGAGCGCUGCUCGUCAACGCCAGCGGCCCGGAGCUGCACAAGUUCAUCGGCCACAUCCAGUACGGGCUCUUCUCCGGGCAGCGUGUGCGGCAGUGCGGGCUCGGGGGGAGACCCUUCCAGUUCUCAUUUUUUCCAGAUUUGCUCAGAAUUAUCCCUGCGAGUAUCCACGUUAGUGUCAUUCUGUUCUGCACAGCACUGAUUGUCUUUGCCCUGGUGGGAGCAGGGUUCUUCAUGUUCAAUGCUUUUGGCAGCCCCUACGAGACGCUGCACGGCCCCCUCGGGCUGUACCUGUGGAGCUUCAUCUCCUGUUCCUGUGGUUGCCUCAUCAUGAUUCUCUUCUCCUCAGAGGUGAAGAUCCACCACCUUUCAGAGAGAAUUGCUAAUUUCAAAGAGGGAACUUUUACAUUCAAGACUCACAGUGAGCACUUUGCAAAUUCCUUCUGGACCAUCCUGGUCUGCUCCCUGGUGCACUUCCUCAAUGCCCUGCUAAUCCGAUUUGCUGGAUUUGAAUUUCCCUUUUCAAAAUCAAAAGAUUCAGGGACAAUCACAGGAGCAGUUGACCUGAUGUAUUAAAAUGAUGGGAUUUAAGCACAUUUCAAGCAAAGAAAUUUGUCACUAUUACAUCAACAACCACCAGAUGAACCAACUUGUGAAUGAUAGCUCUAGAGAAGGUAAAAAAGGGGAAGUUUCAAGUAAGUGUCAAUAUGAAGUAAGCAGUGAACAAAAGAAGAUGUGCUGUAUGGCAAUGUCUGGAUGGAAAAGCCCUUUUUCUUGGGGUAAGGUCUUAUUAAGACAUUUUGUCCUGUAAACUGUUUUGAAAGUGGCUGGUAUGAAGAAAAAUAGAAAUCUCAGUAGCGUUGCACUGAAUCUGGAAAGUCCAAUCAAUGGGUUGCAGUAGAAGCACACACUCACCAGCAGCAGCUCUGCCCUUCAGCCCUGGUGAAGGCAAGGAUGCAGCCGUGACCACGUCAGAGCAGCAGGGCCCAAGGACACCCAGCAAGGGACAGGACAACGCCCAGGCUCUGCCCCAGCACCCCUCAGACUCCAGCUCAGGUGCAGUGCUCAGAGGGCACAACCCAAACACCUGCACUUUGAUCUGGCUUCACAUGCAUGGCAACAGCAUCAUUUCUCUCCAUGAAACUCCCUGGGUUUUUUCCUUUUAACAAACCAGACUGCCCCAAACCCAAAGUCCUAGGAGCCCUUGUUUCCCCAGCAGAUGCUGCAGCUUGGAGACAAAGCUGACACAGCACAGCAGAUGCAGGGGAGAUGCCACGUGCUCCUGCUUGCCUGAGGGAGGCAGCCAGGCUUGGCAGCGCUGAACAAACCCUCUGCAGCUCAUCAGGCAAGUGGCAUUUCCCAGGGCAGAGCCACGGGAGUGAGCCCAGGUACCUCCACCUUUCACUGCCCCCUCCAGAGAACAGCCCCGCAAGUUCUCAUCAAACAGUACCAAUAAACCCCGUCAGAACCCCGGAGAAGGGCAGCAAUAACACAGCAGACAGGCUCCCGUGCAAGCUGCAGCUCAGCAGGGACUGAGGAACAAAGACAGGAGGGUCUGGCACAGGAAGCCAGAACAGAUGGACUCAUCGGCCCUUGCCCCUGGACAUGCCCAAGUCAGCUAAAGCAAGAGAUGCUUCCCCAGGCACAGCAUCACACCACCAAGCACUGCCUCCGUGGGGUCACCUGGGUGCCUUGGAGAUGAGCAGCUCCUCCCAGGACACAGAAACAACCCUCAGAGCAAGCACGGGUAGAGAGCCCCGUCCCCAUUUAUCUGCAGGGGCUGUGCCCAGCUGUGGGUGAGGAGCAAUCCCAGCCAGCAUCCACCCAGUGCCCGGGUACAGGUCAGACCCGGGCACCAGCUAUCACAGCCCUCUGUGCUUCAGGAUCUACCAGCCCACAAGGCCUUACUGACUUUGAUGUAAUUUUUGUAUUUUCACUGUGAAAGGCAAAACACUGCCGGGUUGUUGCAAAGGUUUGUCAGCUGUAUCCUUUCCCAAGGUAGCUCUGCCUCCACAUCUCCCUGGAUUUUAACACUGUAGAAGGGCUUCUGCAAGUCAGCCCAACUUUUUUCAUAAUUUUUUUCAUUAUCUAUAUGCGUAUUCCUCCUAAUGUUAAUGUAUGUUCUUAAAGCAUAAUUUGUAUUGCA